AUGCCAAGACCUGGUGCAAAGAAGAAGGCAAAGAAGGCAAAAGGUCCCUCGUCGUCGUCAACAGCCAGGCCACGUUCCGAUGUGGAUGUCGUCCGCACACCCGACAUUGAUAAUUCCGAAGGAUGGAAUGCAGUUGUGAAUGUUCUGUGCGACUUCUUCCAGCUCCCUGAUCUUACGACACGGAGUGGGUUGAAGAAGGUCCAUGCAAGUUUUAAUGCCAUCUACACGCGGCUAGACAAGGGAUACGAACAGAAUAUUGGCAAUGACAGAAUUAGAGGAGGGAUAGUGGGCAUAUUUGCGAGGAUGUGCGUGGAUUCGCUACUGAGAAACAAGUUGUUCGAUAAAGGAAUCCUGAACAAAAUCAUUCCUUUGUUGCACAUUGAUGAGACGCGACACCUUGCACUACGUUCACUGAGCACAAUCACUCACCACGGCGGAAGCACCGCGCGUAUUGAGAUCGCGAGACACGCCAACGUCUUGACCAAGCUCAUUCGUGAUUUACCCGACGACGAGAAAGUUGCAGAGCUCGGCGUAUCGACCCUGGCGCAUUCAGUCUCAGCAGUCGUCGAGGGAGUUUCGAAACCUGCCAACCCACGUGUCCUACAGGCAGUCGACAUGGUCGACGUUCUCAAAACUAUAAUUGAGGCAGUCAAGAGGCUAUACCGGAACCCCAGGUCGAUUUACGAGCAUGCGAUCGAGCUCGUGGCGAUGUCGAGCAUGCACGCAUCGUCUGCAUUAAAAGUUUACCCGUCUGCUAUCAAUUUCCUCGUGGCUGGGUUCCGAAGCAAAGACUGGGUGACUCGCUGUACAUGCAUGGGCGGCCUCAUUCGGCUGUUCCGGCUGGAGGCGGAGAACGACCAACGCUUCCUCGACCCCAUGCGCUUCAUGAACGCCAUCCAAAGAGGUGUGCCCGACCACCUUAGUGAUAUCUUGAUAGACUACGGGCACAGUCGCAGCGAGAUUUUCUUGACGCUCUCUUGCACGAACGAGUUCCAGAGCGCGAUGAUGGCGUGCAUGCAGACGCACGAUCUGUAUGCCUUGGGACUCAGGCAGGCGCCAUUAAUCCUCAAGACGGAGUUUUCGGUCGCGGACGGGAUGUUUGAGGUGGAAGACCCGCGCAUGGGAAAGAGGUCGAUUGACGACUUCGGACUUCCGUUCAAGAUGUGGUCAGACUCGCUUCCUCACGCUGCGAGAGCAAUUCGCCAGAAGAAGAAACCAGAGGAGCAAGAUUAUGCGGACAUCUUGGACAUCAAGUAUAUGAUCAUGAGGCAACGCAUUCCCGACGCCGUGGCUCUCGCGAAGAAAGGCCUCCUACGCAAUCCCGAGCAGGCGUAUUUCCAUUAUGCGAUCACUCUGGCGGCCGACAAUGUACAGGGCUUACGGGCGGCAAAGAAAGGCCUGAAGUGCAAGCAGAUCACGCCGUUUGUCAAAUAUCAGAUGAUGCAACGGGCGGUGGAACACGCGGGGGAUAUGGGCGUGAAGGUGUUGCAGGAAAUGCCGGAAGCUGGAGAGCAGAAAUGGGAGGAAGGAAUUGCAUUCUUGAUGAGUGCGCUAGAGGACGCGAAGGCGUACGUUGAUGGUGCUCCACCGGAUAACAGGCAUAUGAAAAACGUCGGGUACUGGUUCAUCCUUCUGACGUUGCUGGUGAAGGAGGACCUCAGCCCGGAUUUGAGGGAGCUGAAGGAUGCUCUCCAAAAGUUGAAGAUCGCUGAUCAGUUCAGCGAGUUCAUGGGCGUUCCUCCGUCGAAGACGAAUCUACGUCUCGCUCAACAAGCGGCCAUCAAGCACUACCCGCUCGGCGUCAAGGAGUUUUCACGUAUCUACGAAGGGCUCGACAAAAUCAAGGCCAAGGACGCGCCUGAGAUCAGCAAUGAAAAACUGGAGGACGACCUCGCCGCAUGGCUGGAGGAUAUGCGCCUGGAGGACGGAACGUUGGAGGAGCGCACCCGCUGCGGCGGGUUCGGCCAUGGAGAGACGAAGGUCAACUUCGAUAAAGUCACUAUGUAUCGGUGUUCCUGGUGUGGGAACCCUUCUGCUGUAUUGCGGAAAUGCAGCGGGUGUGCGAAGACACGGUACUGUGAUUCUGGAUGUCAGAAGAUGCACUGGCCUGACCACAAAAAGGCCUGCAAGUCUUGA